AUGCAGGACAGUGACAGUGAAGAAGACAACUCAGACAGUGACCGUUCUGAGUCUGACAGGAUAGGAAACAGCCACAAUAGAGGCAGCAACAGCAACAGCAGCGGGAAAGAGAAGGACUGGCUGAAGGAUGUGCGUAAGCUGUUUUGCUGGACUCCCAGGCAGCGGGUGCUAGCGGUAGUGCUGUGGGAGAUGUUAGAUACAGACAAUCAUGCCGAGCGGCAUGAGGCUCAGCUCAAAGUGCUGCUCGAUAUGCUUACCUCCUUCAUCUUUGCUUCCACUGGUGACAACCCAUUCAGCAGUGGGCUGGUUCACUUUCUUGCUAUGCUCGGCAUCGAUGCAGAGAUGACUCGCUUGCGUAUAGCGAAGAACUACUCGUAUAUGCUCGCUGGUGUCGUGUACUGCAUACGAGUGCUGAGUGCAGAGAGGCUGCUUCCAGCUGCUUGCCGCAAAGAGCAGACUGCUUCUUGA